AUGAGCAAAAAAAAAAAUAAACGUCCAAAAGGUAAAGCGAAUAAUGGUAAUAAGUCAAAAAAAAAUCAAACAGGAGGGGGCGCUCCGCAACGCAGAAAUAAAACGAAAAAACAUGAAUUAUCUGCCGACGAGUAUACAAUCGCACAAAGGGAGCUUGAGCAACAACUUAAAGGAAUUCGUUUAUACUGUAAAGACAUUGCUGGAGACGGGAAUUGUUUAUUCGGAUCUCUUUCUGAUCAAUUCUAUGGACAUACUAAGUUUCAUUCAAAAAUAAGAAAAGAGAUUUGUGCAUAUUUGGAAGAAAAACGAGAUCACUUCCAAAUGUUUGUAGAAGAUGACAAUACUUUUGAUUAUCAUUUAUCACAAAUGAAAAAGGAUGGUACAUAUGGCGGAAAUAUGGAAUUGGUUGCAUUUGCUCAACUACAUAAUUUAAACAUAAAGAUAUAUCAACCCAAUACAAUUUUUGUGAUCAGAGGAAAUGAAUCAAAAAAUAUAGAAGAUUCUGAUCGGAUAAAGACAUUACAUAUAGCCUAUCACAAUUGGGAACAUUAUAGUUCGGUGAGAAAAAUUGACGGACCACAUGAAGAUUUACUUCCAAAUUCAAUUGAAAAGAUGAUUAUGAAUUCAACCGGUGUAAAUAAUCUGAUAAAGAUUCGAGCACUAAUGGAAAAGUUGGAUAACGAUCAAGAUAAAGUUAUUAAUAAAUUAUUUGAAGAAAAACAACAAAAGGAAACUGACGGUGGAGAUGACGAAACUAAAAAUAAAGAUGACAAAGGAAUAGUAAAGGGUGAAGUUGAAAUAGGAAAUCGUGAAGAUAAUUUAAUACUAACACCUAAAGAUUAUUUGCAAAAUAACAAAGAAUUAAAUUCCAAAGCUAGCGUUUUAAGUGAUGAUAAAAUUGAGAAAAAAGAAGAACAGGAGGAUGAUGAAGAGGGCAAGGAUAAGGAUGAUCUGAACAAUAUAGUGAAUGAUAUGGUGAAUGAUAUGGUGAGUGUUGUGGUGAAGGAUGUGGUGAAGGAUGUAGUGGAUGUGAUGAAAAACGAUGAGGCAAUUGAUGAGAAGGAAAAUGAUGUGGUGAAAAAUGAUGAGAUGGAGGAUGACGAGAUGGAAGAUGGUAUGGAAAAGGAUAGAAUUGAAAACAAAAUGAAAAUAGAAUCAUCAUCUGAAAGGAAUCAUAAGUCACCACAAAAAAAAUCUUCAAUAGAUUCUUUGAAUUCUGAAAAAGAUGGGAAAUCAAAUGAAGAAAACAAGGAAAUCUCCUACAAUUCCCAACCAAAUCCAAUAACUAGUAAUAAUGAUAAAAAUAGCAACACAAAUAUUGGAUUUCUCAAUAUAAAUUCUACAAUAAAUUAA